AUGAGCUCAAAUAAAGGCGGGUUUAGAUUGCUUAAUCGGGAUCUUACAUCAGGUUAUAAACCAACACAAUGGCGAUCAACAGUUUCAGCACCUUCAUGUGCACUUUGUAAUAAAGCAGUCUUUCCUGCUGAAGAAGUUAUUGGAGCUGGACAAAAAUAUCAUAAACUUUGUCUCAAAUGUUCUUCAUGUAAUACAUUACUCAAUUCAGGUAAUGUUAAUGAACAUGACAAAAAGAUUUAUUGCAUGGGAUGUUAUCGUCGUCAAUUUGGACCACAUGGAGUUGGUCGGGGUCUUGGAACAACCGUAUCACAAAGUUUAGAUACACCACCAACAAGUCCAAAUUCUAAUCGAGUGGAAACAGAAUUUAACAGUGAAACAACCAAUAGUGAUAAUGAUAAUUCUCAACAAAGAAAUUCAUUGACUUCAUCACAAGUACGAACAUCACCUGAUGAUGAUCGACGUCAUAGUAGUUCUCAAAUGAAUAGUGUUACAUAUAUUGGUGGAGUAACAACAAGACAAACAGUAUCAACCGUACCGCGUCCUUCAUCAGCUAAUCUUUCAAAUGGAAGUGGAUUUAAGAUGUCGUCUAAAUCAGGAAAUACAUGUCCACGUUGUUCAAAAACAGUUUAUUUAGCUGAGGAAGUUAAAGCUGCUGGCAAAUCAUUUCAUAAAAGUUGUUAUACGUGUGCUCAUUGUAAAAAGAGUAUCAAUGCUGCUCGAUAUUGUGAACAUGAAGGAGAACUUUAUGAUAA